AUGCAUCAUCUGUUUGGGCUGGUUUUGGGACAAAAGGACCUUUCACGUGCAGGGGAUCUAUUCUCCUUAGAUGAUGCAGAGAUAGAAGGAAGCCUGUCAGAAGCUCUUGAGCAAAUAAAAAUAAUUAGUUCAUCUCCAGACUACCAGACUAACGACAAUGACCAGGCAGUGGUGGAAAUCUGUAUCACUCGAAUCACCACUGCUAUCAGGGAGACUGCAUCCAUAGAAAAACAUGGAAAGGCACUUGUGGCUCUCUGGGAGUCGUGUUUAGAGCACAAUCUAAAACCUUCAGGAAAAGAUGAGGACACACCACAUGCAAAAAUUGCAUCUGAUAUCAUGAGUUGCAUUUUGCAGAAUUACAAUCGACCUCCAAUAAUGGCUUUAGCUGUCCCAGUGGCAGUGAAAUUUCUCCAGAGGGGUAACAAGGAACUGUGCAGAAACAUGUCAAGUUACCUAUCCCUAGCUGCAAUUACCAAAGCAGAUCUGCUGGCUGAUCACACAGACGCAAUUGUGAAAAGUGUCCUUCAAGGAAAUUCCAUGUUGCUGCGCGUGUUGCCUUCUGUGUAUGAAAAGCAGCCACAGCCAAUUAACAACCAUCUGAUGGAGCUGGUGACACUGAUGUCUCAGCUGGAGCAAGCAGAACAACACCACCUUCUAAGGCUAUUUCAGAUAGUGGCAAGGAGAAAGCAACCUGAGGUGCUAAAAGAAUGUAUCCCUUUUCUAAUUGGUCACUUAAGAGACCCUAACCAUAAUGACAUUAUCCUAAAUAUACUGAUAGAAAUAUCAGGCUAUGAACCGGUAGCCUUGACCAGUUUUCUUCCAAUGCUGAAAGAGAUUGGUGAGAGUUUUCCGAGCCUGAUUGGACAAACCGCAAAGAUCUAUGGAGCUGUUGGGCACGUUGAUGAGGAGAGAGCCAGGAUGUGUCUGAUCUAUUUGGUAAAUCAGCUGGCCAACAUGGAGCACUCGUUUCACCAUAUCCUUCUGCUGGAGAUUAAGAACAUCACCGACACCUUCUCAAAUAUUCUGGGCAACCAGAGCAGAGAUAUCUACCGUAUGAGUAACAGUUUCACUGCCAUAGCCAAGCUUCUUAUCCGACAAUUGGAAAACGACACCACAUUAGGAAGCAGGACAGAAAAUGAUGCUGAAACAGAAUCUCCUGUACAGUUGGAUGAUUUAAAAUCUGUUAUGAAUGAAAAUGAAGAGGAUGAAAAGCUUCAAGUUAAAAUACAGGCUUUUGAAGAAAAAAUAAAUAUUGACAACAGUACUCCUGGCUCUGUGCGUAGAUAUAGUUUAGGCCAGGUUUCUAAAGAAGAAAGGAAGGAUAUGAGAUUUAACAGGUCCAAAAGUCUAGCUUUACAUGCAAUCCGUACAAAGGGGAUGAAUUCAGACAAUGGACAAGACAUGGACAAUGGAGAUAUAGCAGCUGGCAUCUCUUUCACAGAAAUUUAUCUUAGCCAAGAAAAUGACAAAUUGCCUCUUAGUCCAGACACUGAAGAAUCACAGCUGGAAAAUUCUUCAGUUUCACACCCAAGAAUCAAAUGUACAGAAUCAGAAAAUUUGCCAGGAUCUGUUAAAGAAAACUGCCAUGAAGGAAGUACAGAGGCAAUAAAAAAUCCUGUGGAAUAUCAGGAUAAGCUCUACUUGCACUUAAAGGAAAAUCUUAGUAAAGUGAAAGCAUAUGUCAUGGAGAUUGGGAAGAAAAUUCCUAGCCCAGAUCAGUGUAUUAUUGAAGAUACUGUUAGAAGUUGUGUAGCAAAGCUGUUCUUCAGCUGCCCCCUGAAGGGUCAUUACUGCCUAUACAGUAAAUCCAGUUUUACUCUCAUCAGCCGACAGCCUCAGCUAUGGAUCCAUAUCAUGUUUCUCUUUCAGCAGAACUUGUUUCCAGAACCCUUGUCCAUACAAAGUAACUCUGUGCAAGUCCUUAAAGCCCUGUGGGAGAAGACACAGCUGAAGGGAACACAUGGUUUUGAAACUGCGAUGAUUCAAUCUACAUUUCCACACCAGAAGGAUCUGGACCAUGUUCAGAUGCAUCUGGAAGAAGUGAGGUUCUUUGAUUUAUUUGGAUACAGUGAGGAAGCAGGAACAUGGCAGUGUUUCAUGUGCAAUAAUCCUGAAAAGGCAACAGUUGUAAAUCAAGAUGGACAACCUCUGAUUGAAGGCAAGCUGAAAGAAAAGCAAGUGAGAUGGAAGUUUAUCAAAAGAUGGAAAACUCGCUAUUUCACUCUCGCUGGCAAUCAGCUUCUGUUUCGCAAAGGAAAAUCUAAGGAUGAUCCAGACGACUGCCCCAUUGAACUCAGUAAGGUACAGAGUGUAAAAGUUGUGGCCAAGAAGCGCAGGGACCGCAGCCUUCCUCGGGCCUUUGAAAUCUUCACCAACAAUAAGACCUAUGUUUUCAAGGCCAAAGACGAGAAGAAUGCUGAAGAGUGGCUUCAGUGCAUCAAUGUAGCCGUAGCACAAGCUAAAGAAAGGGAAAGCAGAGAGGCAACCACGUAUCUGUAA